UUUAUAUUUUGCCGUCAGCGAGCCUGGCGCUCCUCCCUCGCAAUGGCGGCUGAGGAGAAGAAGACGAUUCUCGGCUACGCUGCCGGAUCUCCAUGGCGCUUCGCAGGAAGGGCGCUGUAUCAGAUGCAUUUAGUCAAGGCCGAGACCGCGCGGAGGCACAUUCCCGGAGAAUUGAAGCUUGUGGAAGCUUUUGGAUACACGCUGGGUGGAUUCUUCCUUGCGCACUACAACGAUAGUCCAGUCGGGCCUUUCGAUGAGUGGAAUGUCGACGAUCCAGAGAUUGAGCAGCUCGUUGUGAUUGCUGGAAUUGUCUGGAACCCGCCAACUUCUUGUGCCUGGGCAGCGAGAGUUUUAGUGAACGACAAGGGAGCCUGCAGGCACGGAAGAAUGGAAGUGGGACUCCCCAGCCAGCUUGCAAGCUUUUCACAUCCUGUGAUUUCUGUGAGGAACAAAGGUGGAACUCAUCAGAAUCGUUUCAACUUUUUUAAUUCUGACAUCAAGGAGGAAGAAGCAUACGGGCUUGCUGUUUCACGUGGAAGCUUUAAUCCAUGGUGUCAUAUAUCUAUGGCUCACAGCUUAAUGAAUGAAGCGACCAGGAAAGGUCCGCCAUUGAACUUUUGCCUUCCCAGCUUCAGUGGCAACACCAGGCAGCAGCCAAAUAUUCUAAAAUACUCUUGCGAGUUGAGUUGCAGGGUGGCUGCUUCAAAGCCAGCAUCAAUAAGUGCUCCAGAGCACAUCCCUGGCAGUGACCAUUUGGAUGCUGACAUGCUUGAGAUAUUAUCGAGCAAACCCGUGCUGGCCCUUUCGUUUGAGGACAUGCAAAUGGCAGUGAGAGCCCCCACUGUGCUUAUAUCGAAGCAAGCUGCAGCUUGAAUGAGAAAGCAGCCGGCUAGGGUGUGUGUCCAGUCCAGUGUUGUUUUCUCACCGUCCUCCCAAACAGCGUAAGCCUCUUCUCCGUGAACAGCAUCGUCGCCAAUGCGCAGUUGGUCAUCAGACAUUCUUAGCUUCAUCAGUCUUUUCACAACGACGCAGAUGAGGGUGGUCACAGCAACGUUCCACAGAAUUACUAGCAAAGCUGCAGCAAGCUGCUUGAGUACUAGCUGGAAAUUUCCAAAGAUGACGCCUUUCGAGCCGGAUACCGAGGAAACCAAAGCUGUUAGACGGGGAUGAGCAAAAAAUCCGGUAAGGAGGCCUCCUAUCAGAGCUGCUAUUCCGUGAGUAUGAACAGCACCGGCAGUAUCAUCCACUUCUUCGCAAAACUUGGCGGUAGUUUUCUGGUGGCACAGCCGAGUCAGCCAAGGCAGACUUCCAGAGCACAAUCCUAUGCACAUCGACGCCCAUGCUUCGACAAGUCCUUCGAGAGAAAGAAAAAGAACAGUUGCAAACUAAAAGGUGGAAAAUCUUUGGCUUACCAGCCGCUGGAGAGAUUGCAACGAGACCAGUCAUGAGUCCUUGAACAGCGCCAAGAACCGAAGGCUGGCCGUGGUAGAGAACGUCGAGAGAAGUCCACACUAAGAGGCUUGUAGCAGCGGCGAUAUUGGUAUUUACAACAGCCAACGAAGCCUGUUGUGGAGAAAGGAAGGCACUUCCACCAGCGAAUCCGAUCCAUCCCAUCCAGACCAGGCCAGCUCCACCGAGCACGAGCAUCACAUUAUUUGGCGGAUACCGUGCUCGAUCGACUGGAUGCCGAGGACCAACCUGCAGGUACAAGUUCUCUCGAGUCUUCGACUAAACCACGUACUGUUUGACAUACCCAGUGAGCAAGAACAGCGCCGCUUACGCCUGCCGAGAGAUGGACAACGUAGCCUCCUGCAAAGUCCAAGACUCCCCACCGCGAGAGAAAACCACCGCUCCAGAUGCUGGACGCUCCAACAGUGUAGGAGAAAAUGAGCCACAGUGGGACAAAGACCGCCCAGGCCUGAAAGGUGAUUCUAGCCGAGACCGCAGAGGAUACAAUGGCCACGGAGUUAGCCGCGAAGCCAAACUGGAAGGCCACCAUGGUUGCCGAAGGGAAGUCGAGGUCCUGGUGAGUAGCCGGGUGGUGGCUACGGCUGAGAAGGAACUUGGUGUAGAGAACAGGUCCAGGGGUCCCCCAGAAGGGAAGGAGGUGUGAUCCAAAGGCUAAGUUGUGGCAGAUCGUCACCCAGCAGAUGAGAGAGGCAGUGAAGGCGUAGAGGGUCAGGAAGGCGGUGUUGACGGCCCACUUCUUCCUCGCGAUGCCGCUGUAGAGAAGUAGGAGCCCGGGCAUGGUUGCCAGUCCCGCGAGAAUGGCUGCCACCAUCAUCCAGGCGUUGCUACCUUUGUCCAUCCAGCACGGAGUCGACGACGAUGAGAGGGAGACGAUCGAGAGUGUGGAGUGUCCAUCUUCUGGAGCUGGGAGCUGCCCAUGAGGAGCUUACCGUCAAACCAAGAGGUAUCCAUCGCAUCCACGCUCGCUUGGAUCGCUCUCUCUUUAAGCACCUUCUCCUCGGUUACAUCGCUACGAAUGCAAACAACGUCCGCGUAGAUUCGCUUGCAUAUACUCUGCUAUCACCUUUCUAUUGCCUAUCAUACAUUAAACUCUUGCCACCUUUCUAUCAUACGUACUUUCCCCUGUAUUUGGGAAUAACUCUCUGCAAAACUUCGCCGCUGGGUGUGAAUACCAAAGAACGAAGCUUGUCUUUGGCGUC